AUGGUUGAACCGCGACCUGAAGUCAAAAGUGCCAGCAACAAUUCUAAAGCUAAAUCGGAUUCAAGUCAAGAUAAGAAAUCCGAAGAUGUGCCUAGAGAUGUGCGACUUUUGCGACUCAUAUUUGCAACACAGGGAAUCCAGAAUUAUGAAGAUCACGUCCCACUCCAGCUGAUGGAUUUUGCCUAUAGAUACACAUCAGAAAUACUUAAAGAUGCAGUUAUAUAUAAUGACCAUGCACAUCCCAAUAUUUCAAACGCAGGAAAUGCGGGAGUUCAUCACACACAGCUGAGUAACGAAGAUGUGCGGCUAGCUAUAGCAGCAAGAACAAAUUACCAAUUCCAGCCUGUUCCUCCUAAGAAAAUGUUGAUGAAGCUAGCAGCAGAAAGAAAUCAAAAGCCUCUUCCUCCGGUAAUGCCUAUGUGGGGUAUUCGCCUUCCCCCAGAGAAGUAUUGUCUAACUGCUAAGGACUGGAGGCUUGAUGAGGAAGAUUCUGAUUCAGGCGACACUAAACGCCAGAGAAAAGGUGAAUCAAUUAACUUCAGAAUGACGAGUGUUACGCAAGGUUCGAUUCCCGAAGUUGUGGAAAAAACAAUUGGGGAGUCGCUUGAGCAGAGAACAGCCAUUCUGGGAAAUAUCUCCGACUUGGGGCCUCCGGAUAUGGUGCAUUUGGCGAAAAUGGUGUCUAAUUCGUCGACAAAGAAACCAACCACUGGAACUUUCUUCUAUUACACGGGUACGGAUGUAUCAAACUCAGCCACCAUCGCAGCACUAUUACACUCAAUUGCAGAUAUAAUUGAUGAGAAGCCGCAGCUAUGGUUUGGUAAGCACAAAUCCUGGAAAGUCUGUGAAGCUACAUACUGCACGUACGAUGCAUUUUCAGAAAUUGAUGCUCGUGUAAAGGUGAAUUUCCCAGGAGGUGUUGAACUUAGAGUUUUAGACAGUGAGGGAAACGAGAUAGCCUCAACGGACAGGUUAUGGCUAGAAAUAUACGUUUGUGCGAUUGUGCGGGCUUUGAUAACGGCUGAUAAUGAUUCAUCUGACUUCAGUUCUGUAGUUGAGAUCCGAAAAGUGAACCCAUUGCUCACAAAGGAUCAAACGAAGUUGUUUUUUGAAGGUUUUGAAAAGCUGUUCUUUGAAGGAACAAAGCUUGGGUGCUCAGAAAAGCUUCAGGUUGCCACAAAUGGAAAUAAUAACUUGGUGGAUGCAUUUUUGGCAUGUGUAGGACUCACUGGAGAGUUUGAUGAGGCAAUUGCAAUAAUCCAGCGUCUUCGGAGCAUAGACCCGUCGAUCGGCUUUCUCGAGGCAAAGAUCAAUCUUAUGGCGGAUGAGGAAGUGCGGGCAGUUAAGAUAAUGCACGAUAUAGUAGAUGCAAAUCCGUUGGAUGGGGAAGCACUUUCUUUACAGGCUGAGUUUUGCAUCGAGAAGAAAAGACUUGAUUUGGCUCUUCCACUUGCAACAAAAGCCAUGAACUCUGCCCCAUGGUACUUUAAGCCAUGGUCGUUACUUGUGAAGACUUAUAUAAGGACUGGGGAGUACGAAAAAGCGUUGUUGACACUUAAUUCAUGUCCUAUGGUGACACACAAAGACAAAUACAUCCUCAAGAGAAUCAACAAUCCAAAGCCUGAGGACAUGCACCUACCUUUACCUGUGGAUGUGACACUUGACAAAGUUUCCACAUUGAACUCUGUAGAUGUUGCAAUUGAGCACAACAGGGUUGAUCCAACGCUCAUGGGUCUUCCUGCAGCCAGUCUUAAAUCAACAUUUGCUGAGGCAUACAAUCUUUUGACGGAGAUAGUGCACAAAACUGGCUGGGAGAUGCUUCUCAAGUACAGAACACACGUUUUUGUGAUGGAAGGAGAAUUUAAGGGUGCAAAAGGUGAGGAAAAGACAGAUAAGCCGGAUGGAGUAGAGGGCAUCAAGAAAAUUGAUAAGUUGAACAGCUCAACAGAAAACUACAAACGUAAGGCGCUUCCAGAGACACCGGAGUCGCCACAAUCGGAAAAAUCGGAAAAAUCAGAUUAUAAAAACAAGCAGCUCUGUGAGAGGUGGUUGGACAAUUUGUUCAUGCUUCUAUACGAUGAUUUACGGGUUUACACGAUGUACAAGGCGGAAAAAAUGCACUUUGAGGCGCAAAAAGUGGAAAUGAAGAAAACAACGUUGGAGUGGGAGCUAACUGGACUUGUUGCUCAGAGAUUGGGCCACAAAGAAGAAGCUGCAAGUUGUUUUAAGAGAGGACUCGAUACCAGAUUUUCUCCAAGAUGCACAUCGCAACUUUUGAAGUACUAUCUGGAGCAUCACAGCAGUGUGGAGCAUGCUAGCAAGAAUGAGCCUGCUAACGAUCUUCACGAUAAGAUUCUUGAGCUUACUGUUAACCUACUUGUGUGGAAUCACAGGUGGUACUGUGGUUUUUCACCUGAGCUAAUUCUGUCAUUGAAAGAUCUUGUGAAUGAAGUUGGCCGAGUGAAGAUUGAGAGUGAGGUGAAGGUCCAGUUUGAUGAUAAGAAUACUGGUAUAUACGACUUGGUUUUGGACAACCUAAGCUUUUUGGACACCUACGGCCUGAUUGAAAAAGAAGAGUGA